AUGUUUAUUAGUACCACAAAAGGUUUCAUUACACGUCCACAAACAACUUGGAUUAUAUUUCAAUUCAAAAAACGACAUAAUUCAACAACACCAUCAACAAAAUUAACUUCAAGUUAUUUUCAUCAUGUUUCAUCACUUCCAUUUGUGUAUAAAACAAUAAGUCAAAGUUUUGAUGAAACAGCUACGAAAUACCCUGAUCAUGAAUGUUAUGUUUUUAAAAGUGAACAAAAACGAUAUACAUUUAAAUCAUUCAAAAAUGAAGUUGAUAGUUUAGCUGCAUCUCUUAUGGAAUUAGGCUUUGAAAAAGGUGAUCGAUUUGCUGUUUGGUUGCCAAAUACAUCAGAAAAUGUUGCAAUGUCAUUUGCUGCAUCCAAAUUAGGUCUUAUCAAAGUUAAUAUAAAUCCAGCUUAUGUUGGACGUGAACUUGAAUAUUGUAUAAACAAAGUUGGAUGUAAAGGUAUUAUACUUUCACCAACAGUUAAAAUCAUUGAAUCAUUAUCAUUAUUUCGUCGACUUGUACCAGAACUUGAUCAACAUUCAAUAUCUCGAGAACUUUCAUCAAAAACAUUACCAACAUUAAAACAUGUUAUUCUAACUGGUAAACAAUCAUCUAUAUCUGGAGUUCGUUUAUAUGAUGAUUUAAUUGAACGUGGUACAAAAUUAUCACAUAAAAAAUUAAAUGAACGACAAGCAUCUGUUAAUCCUGAUUCACCUGUUACAAUAUUUUAUACAUCAGGUACAACAGGUCAACCAAAAGCAGCAACAUUAACCAACUUUGGUAUGCUCAAUUUAGUUCAUGCUCAAUGGGAACAUCUUGGACGUUACUUUACUCGUCUUUGUGUCCCUAUUCCAUUCUUUCAUAUUUUUGCAGAAGUUGUCGGUAUACUUAAUGUUGCUGUAGCAAAAUGUAAAAUUGUUGUUCCAGCUAUUUUACCUGAUACAGUUUCAACAAUGAAAGCCAUACAUGAAGAAAAAUGUACAGCACUUAUUGGUGCACCAAUUAUCUUUCGAGAUAUUUUAACACAUCCAGAUCGAAAAAAAUAUGAUUUAAGUUCAUUAAUCUUUGCUAUACUUGGUGCCAGCCCUAUACAUAUUGAUUUUUUAUGUCAGUUAGAAAAAGAAUUUCCAAUUACACGUGUUGCUCAAGGCUAUGGAAUGACAGAAAAUUCUGCAAUACUUACAAGUGGUAUGUGGGCUGGUGAUGAAGAUCCAAAACGUCGUCUAGGAUCUCUUGGACGAUGUAUGCAACGUUUAGAAAUUAAAGUUGCUGAUCGAGAAGGAAAUUCUCUACCUAUUGGACAACAAGGAGAAAUUUGGGCAAGAGGUUAUCCAAUUAUGAUUGGAUAUUAUGGCGAUCCAGAGAAAACAAAAGAAGCAUUAACAUCAUCAGGAUGGCUUCGAACAGGUGAUCAAGCAACUAUGGAUGAAGAUGGUUAUCUUUAUUUUGUUGGACGUCAAAAAGAAAUAAUUAUUCGUGGUGGUAUUAAUAUUUAUCCAAUUGAAGUUGAAAAUGCAAUAACUGAACAUCCAAGUGUUGCUGAAGCACAAGUUUUUUCUAUUCCUGAUGAACGUCAUGGUGAAGAAGUAUGUGUAUGGAUUAAACUAAAAUCAGAUGCACCUUCAUGUCAAACAGAUGAUAUUACAAAAUUUCUUGCUGAUAAAUUAGCAUUUUUUAAAAUUCCAAAACAUAUUCGAUUUGUUGAUAAAUUUAUUAUGACACCAACAGGAAAAGUACAAAAGUUUAAAUUAUCUGAAUCAAUGGUCAAUGAAUUGAAAGAAGCAAAAAAAUAA